AUGGCGGAUGUUGUGCCGCCGGCGGCAUGGAGUUCGUAUAAUGGUUCUCAAGAAUCGCCAGCCGCGCUAGGGGAAUCUGUACCUAGGGAGGUAGCACAGCUUGCUGAAAAGUACCAAUUUUCUAUAAAGGACGAACGAAGUAUUCAGAAGGAGAAGCAAAUGAGGAUUAAAGCAGGAUAUGUGCAAAUGCAGAAAGCGACAAAUGGGAAGAAACAAUCGGACUACUUGAAAAAGGAAGUUCGUGAUCUCAGUGACCAAAUAAGCAACAUGCAGGAUGAUCUUCAAAUACUAGAUGUGUACGAUACAGGCGCUUUUGAUGAUGAAGAAUCACGAGGCGAUGAUGCUGUUGUGGGAGUUACUGGGGCUACACUCGACUUACCGAACGAAGUCGAUGUCGCUGGAAGCAGUAAUCAAAUACUGGAGAAUGCAAGGCUGUCUGCUCUUCAGAAGGAUCUCGAAAAAGAAAUGAAGGUGAAAGAUGGUUUGGAGAAGUUCAUGUCUUCGAAUACUUCAGCUAGUAGAAGAUACCUUGAAGACUCAAAAAAUAUGCUUGAUGAUAGCAAAGCUAAAAUUGCCUUGUUACGGAUGCAAAUAGAAAAAAUCGCUCACCAAGGAUACGAAAUUAAUUCUCCCACUGCUGGAAGCGAGUCAAAGUCUCAGUUGGAUAUCGUUAUAGAUGACCUUCUUUUUCGCUUGUGGAAGGAAGCUGCCAUUAUCGAAGGAGCGAAAAAUAUGAUAAAGAUUCUUCGUGCCCAAAAAAAGGCGGACCACAAGGGUCUCAGCGAUGCCCAGCAAACACUAAUACUAUCCGAAGAAAAAGUUGAGCUCAUUCUAUUGGCACUGAGGAAGUACAUUGAACAGCUUCCUCCUGAAUCCAAUCGGCGCAGGGAAUUGCUCAAUGAGGUGGAGGAAACCCGCAUUCCUUCAUCAUCACCACAAGAGAGACUUGCAGAACGCCAUUUCAGUCCUCCUGGAUCAGCACCUAGCAGUCCUCCUGGGAACUCUUCAAAAACUGCCAGCUUACCUCGUGGUAUUUACAACAGGCGACUGAGUACGUUACCUCCUUCACUUGCUGUCAGUGGCAGAUUAGAAAUACGACUGAUAGGAUGUCAGAACUUGAUAAAUGAUAUACCUGGGCGCCUUCCACGUGCCGAGGCUUUGGGUGCAACGGCAUCGAGUUACCUGGCAGUUGAAAGUACAAGUCGAAGUAAAGUUCGCACAUCUUCCACACGGGGUCAUAGUGUUCUAACACGACACUCUGAUGAAGUGCUUGCUUUAUUACGUGUAGACAGCCGAAUAGUUGGUCUUACCGAAGUUCGUCCUCUUAGUCAGCAAGCCUGGGACCAGCGAUUCAGUGUAGACCUUGAUCGAUCGAAAGAACUAGAGAUCGAAGUUUUUUACCGAGACUCUCGGUCUAUGUGUGCAUUCACAGCUGUGAAGUUGGCCAACUUUGUGGAACCUACUGGACAAGCAGGAAUGGUGUUGCAUCUAGAGCCUCACGGCGAUUUGUUCGCAGAGUUCAAGUACCUGAAUCCAGUUGUGAGUCGCAAACCUAAGCUAGAGCGCCAGAAAAGAUUAUUUAAAGUUAAAGAGCGCAAGGAUAUGGCGGGCGCUAAAAAACAGCUUGGAGUUCAUGCCCUUUCCCGCAUGCUCAAAGGUCGUGAGAAUGAACCAAUUGUCGACUACGGUAGCGCUGCUGCGCAAUCAGUGCAUGGGAUGUCCAGCAAGUCUUGCUCGGUUGCUGUAAGAGAACUGGUCAAGGAGCGUCCAGGAAGUUACGUAGAUGUUUCCAACAGACCCUCACAAACAUCACCGUUAUCAUUAGGUGGUGAAAGAUCCGCAACUUCUCUGUACCGACAUCAGCACUCGCAAAAAGAGAGUACUGUGCUGAUACAUAAUCUUCGGACAAUGUCGAUAUCGUCAACUGUUCCUGGUGAGACGAACGAGGAAGUUGUCAGUCUGUCAUCUCCGGUACCGAAACCGACAGUGCAGAUUCCUGCUGCUCCAGUGAUCUCGAAAGGCACCAACUUGUCUAUUGAUAUGUUCCGCAUGGUUAGCGUUCUGGGAAGGGGUCACUUCGGAAAAGUCAUUCUCGCUCAGUAUAAGCCCACGUCAGCAUAUUAUGCUCUGAAGAUCCUUAAAAAGGGAGAUAUUCUCGGAAGGGACGAAGUUGAGUCGCUUCUAGUCGAAAAACGUAUAUUUGAGGUAGCUACUGUUUCACGUCAUCCUUUCCUUGUCAAUUCUUUCGGGUGUUUCCAAUCUGCGGAGCACGUAUUCUUCGUAAUGGAGUACAGCAUGGGUGGUGAUCUUAUGCGACAUAUUCAUGACGAUAUCUUCAGCGAAGAAAGAAGUUGUUUUAAUGCUGCGUGUGUCCUGCUUGGCCUUGAAUUUCUCCAUAAAAACAACAUUAUAUAUAGGGAUCUAAAAUUAGACAACCUGCUUCUGGAUAAGGAUGGGUUUGUGAAGCUUGCAGACUUUGGUCUUUGCAAAGAAGGUAUGGGACCCUGCGACAAAACAAGUACCUUCUGUGGUACGCCGGAGUUCCUUGCACCGGAAGUACUAACCGAAUCAUCUUAUACUCGUGCUAUUGACUGGUGGGGUCUAGGCGUUCUCAUUUUCGAAAUGCUGGUGGGUGAGCCUCCUUUUAGUGGUGAUGACGAAGAAGAAAUUUUCGACAGCAUAGUGAAUGAUGAAGUGCGCUAUCCGCGGUUUUUAUCAAUCGAAAGCAUUUCAAUAAUGCGAAGGCUAAUGAGGAAGAAUCCCGAAAAAAGAUUAGGAGCGGGGGAGAAAGAUGCCGAAGACGUCAAAAUGCAGCGUUUUUUCAAGCAUAUAAAUUGGGAAUGGGAUCGUCUACUCCGCAAAGAGAUAAAGCCUCAGUUUGUGCCCCAGAUUAAAAAUGCAGAAGACGUGUCGAACUUUGACGACGAGUUUACCAAAGAAAAACCACGCUUUUCGUCAGCAAAGGAUAAACACAUAAUAACAGAAGCUGAUCAGCAGAUGUUCCUCAACUUUGAUUUUUCUUUAAUCGCUUAA